GCCGUAUUGCACACUUCCACUUCCCUUUCCUCCCAGCAAACAUGGCGGAAUAUGACUUGACCACCAGAAUUGCUCACUUUUUAGACCGUCACCUCGUCUUUCCUCUGCUGGAGUUCCUGUCUGUCAAAGAGAUCUACAAUGAACAGGAGCUGCUUCAUGGGAAACUGGACCUUCUCAGUGACACCAACAUGGUGGACUUUGCCAUGGAUGUGUACAAAAACCUGUUUCCUGACAAGGAAAUUCCUCAUACUCUAAGGGAGAAGAGGACAGAAGUUGUGGCUCAGCUGAAGCAGCUGCAGUCAGAAACGGAGCCCAUUGUGAAGAUGUUUGAGGAUCCAGAGACGACCAAGCAGAUGCAGUCAACCAGAGAUGGACGCAUGCUUUUUGACUAUUUGGCGGACAAGCACAAUUUUCGUCAGGAGUAUCUGGACACACUGUACCGAUACGCCAAGUUCCAGUAUGAGUGUGGAAACUACUCUGGUGCAGCAGAAUACCUGUACUUCUUCAGAGUUUUGGUCCCAUCCACAGACAAGAACGCCCUGAAUUCGCUGUGGGGCAAGCUGGCCUCAGAGAUCCUGAUGCAGAACUGGGAGGCAGCCAUGGAGGACCUAACCCGCCUGAGAGAGACUAUUGAUAACAACUCUGUGAGCUCCCCUCUCCAGUCUCUCCAGCAGAGGACAUGGCUCAUUCACUGGUCUCUCUUCGUCUUCUUCAACCACCCCAAAGGGAGAGACAACAUCAUCGAGCUCUUUCUCUAUCAACCCCAAUAUCUCAAUGCUAUCCAGACAAUGUGCCCCCACAUCUUGCGUUACCUAACCACAGCGGUCAUCACAAACAAGGAUGUGCGUAAGCGCCGGCAGGUUCUGAAGGAUUUAGUGAAGGUCAUACAGCAGGAGUCUUACACCUACAAAGAUCCAAUCACUGAGUUUGUGGAGUGUCUGUACGUGAAUUUUGACUUUGACAGUGCCCAGAAGAAGCUCAGAGAAUGCGAGUCGGUUCUUGUGAACGACUUCUUCUUGGUUGCCUGCCUGGAGGACUUCAUUGAAAAUGCCCGACUCUUCAUCUUUGAGACCUUCUGCAGAAUUCACCAGUGCAUCAGCAUCAACAUGCUGGCAGACAAACUGAACAUGACUCCCGAGGAAGCAGAGAGAUGGAUCGUCAACCUCAUCCGCAACGCCAGGCUGGACGCCAAGAUUGACUCCAAACUGGGCCAUGUUGUCAUGGGAAACAACGCCACAUCCCCGUACCAGCAGGUGAUUGAGAAGACCAAGAGCCUCUCCUUCCGCAGCCAAAUGUUGGCCAUGAACAUUGAGAAAAAGCAGGCCUACAGCAGCAGGAACGAGACACCGAACUGGGCAGGUCAGGAGUCUGGAUUUUAGCCUCCACGGAGAUGAGUCACCAUGGCUGAGUCGCAUCUUCUCUCCAAGCGUGUCUGUUAAGCAGCAAAAUCUCCUUUUACAGUUGGUUUAAAUUCAAUAAAAGUGACCGACACAACCAUUUUCA